UUCUGCAGAGUCCCCGCUGCCGGGAAAUCCGCGCAAAGCGCCCCUCCUUCCAAGUCUUCCAGGAUGAGCUACACGCUGGAGCCCCUGAGCAACCCGUCGUACCGGCGGGUGGCCGAGAGCCGGACGGCGUUCAGCCGGGCCAGCGUGUCGCCGUCGAGCGGCUUCAGGUCGCAGUCAUGGUCGCGGGGCUCGCCCAGCACCGUCUCGUCUUCCUACAAGCGCAACCUGGGCGCGCCGCGGGCUUCGUACGGCUCGACUGUGCUGAGCUCCUCGGAGAGCCUGGAGCUGAGCCAGUCGUCGCUCUUCAACGGCGGCGGGGGCGGCGGCGGCGGCGACUUCAAGCUGAGCCGGGCCAACGAGAAGGAGCAGCUGCAGGGCCUCAACGACCGCUUCGCCGGCUACAUAGAGAAGGUGCACUCGCUGGAGCAGCAGAACAAGGAGCUGGAGGGCGAGAUCGGCGCGCUGCGGCAGAAGCAGGCGGGCCGCUCGCUGCUGGGCGACGCCUUCGAGCAGGAGCUGCGGGAGCUGCGCUGCGCCCUCGAGCAGGUCAACCACGAGAAGGCGGCGCUGCAGCUCGACUCCGAGCACCUCGAGGAGGACAUCCAGCGCCUCAAGGAGCGCUUCGAGGAUGAGGCGCGCCUCCGCGACGACACCGAGGCCAUCAUCCGCGCCCUGCGCAAGGACAUCGAGGAGGCGUCGCUGGUCAAGGUCGAGCUGGACAAGAAGGUGCAGUCCCUGCAGGACGAGGUGGCCUUCCUGCGCGGCAACCACGAGGAGGAAGUGGCCGAGCUGCUGGCCCAGAUCCAGGCCUCUCACGUCACCGUCGAGCGCAAGGACUACGUGAAGACCGACCUGACGGCCGCCCUCAAGGAGAUCCGCUCCCAGCUCGAGUGCCACUCCGACCAGAACAUGGUCCAGGCCGAGGAGUGGUUCAAGUGCCGCUACGCCAAGCUCACCGAGGCCGCCGAGGUCAACAAGGAGGCCAUCCGCUCGGCCAAGGAGGAGAUCGCCGAGUACCGCCGCCAGCUCCAGGCCAAGAGCAUCGAGCUGGAAUCCGUCCGCGGCACCAAGGAGUCCCUCGACCGCCAGCUCACCGACAUCGAGGAGCGCCACAACCAAGACCUCUCCACCUACCAGGAGACGAUUCAGCAGUUGGAAAAUGAACUGAGAGGUACAAAAUGGGAAAUGGCACGUCAUUUGAGGGAAUACCAGGACCUCCUCAAUGUCAAGAUGGCCCUUGAUAUUGAGAUUGCCGCAUACAGGAAACUUCUUGAGGGUGAAGAGACAAGAUUCAGUGCCUUCUCUGGAAGCAUCACUGGGCCAGUGUUUACACACAGGCAACCCUCGGUAACAAUAUCAAGUAGCAAAAUACAGAAAUCAAAAGUUGAAGCUCCAAAACUAAAGGUCCAGCACAAGUUUGUAGAAGAAAUAAUUGAGGAGACAAAAGUAGAGGAUGAGAAAUCUGAACUAGAUGAAGCCUUGGCAGCUAUGGCUGAAGAACUGGCUGCCAGAGCACCACAAGAAGAGAAGGAAGAAGAGGCAGAGGAGGAAGAAGCUGUGGAAGAAGAAAUAGUAGCUGAGGCUAAAGCGGAAGUUGAAGCAGCCGCCCCAGAAGCAGAGGAAGAAGAAGGAGAAGAAGAGGGUGGUGAGGAAGAGGAAGAUGCAAAAUCUGAUGAAGCAGAAGAAGGAGGAUCUGAAAAAGAAGAGGAAAAGAGUGAAAAGGAUGAGGGUGAGGGAGAAGGAGAAGAGGAGGCAGGUGAGGGAGAAGCAGAGGAAGCUGAAGAAGAGGCCAAGGAAGAACAGGACUCAGAGGAGAAGGCUGAAGAUGAAACUGAAGGAGCAGUGGAGGAAGUCAUUGCACCAGAGAAGGUAGAAAAGGUGAAAACGUCUCCACCAAAAUCACCUGCAGCAGAAGAGGCAGAGGAGAAGAAAGAAGCUGAAGGAGAAAGUGAAGAUCAGAAGGAGGAUGAGCAGGAAGCUGGGGAGGAGGAAGCCGAAGAAGAAGACAAGUCAGGGUCUCCAGCAAAGGCAGGUUCACCUGAGAAAGGAGAUUCCCCAGAAAAAGCUGGAACCCCAGAGAAGGGUUCUCCAGAGAAAGCUGGCACUCCAGAAAAGGGUUCUCCAGAGAAAGCUGGUACUCCAGAUAAAAGUUCUCCAGAGAAGGCUGGCACUCCAGAGAAGGGGUCUCCAGAGAAGGCUGGCACUCCAGAGAAAGCAGGUACACCAGAGAAGUCUGGCACUCCAGAGAAAGGGUCUCCAGAAAAGGCUGGCACUCCAGAGAAAGCUGGGACCCCAGAAAAGGGAUCUCCAGAAAAGUCUGGCACUCCAGAGAAAGCAGGUACACCAGAAAAAGGAUCUCCAGAAAAGGCAGGGACUCCAGAGAAAGCAGGUACACCAGAUAAAGCAGCAUCCCCAGAAAAGGCAGGGACUCCAGAUAAAGCAGGUACACCAGAUAAAGCAGCAUCCCCAGAAAAAGCAGGGUCCCCAGUGAAAGAAGUAGAAGAGGUUAUCCCAGCUUCCAAGGCAGCAAAAGUUGGUACCGAGAAAGAAUCCAAAGAAGAAAAGAAAGAGAAAAGUGAGAAGGCAUCAAAAGAAUCUACAAAAGAAGACAUAGCUGUAAAUGGAGAAGUGGAUGAGAAAGAAGAGGAGGAAGGCUCCAAGGCCAAGCAAGUGGAGGAGGAAGACAAAGGUGUUGUCACCAAUGGCCUAGAUGUUAGCCCAUCUGAAGAGGAGAAGAAGGGGAAGAGUGAAGAGAAAGUCGUGGUAACCAAAAAAGUAGAAAAAAUCACUAGUGAAGGGGAUGAUGGGACAACCACAUACAUCACGAAGUCAGUGACUGUCACCCAGAAGGUGGAAGAACAUGAGGAAACAGUUGCUGAGAAACUGGUAUCCACCAAGAAGGUAGAGAAGGUCACUUCACAUGCUGUAGUGAAAGAAGUUAAAGAGAGUGACUAGGAUAAUCAAUUUUUUUCUUCAAAAGAGCUUGGGUCGGUGCAAAAGGUUAAGCCAUAUGACAGCUGCAAAAUGCAUGAAAGUGACAGCUUCAAAGCAGAAAGGGUUCUCUCAUGAAAUCUCCAGAAACACUCUAUUUUAUUUUUGAUUUAUUUUUGUGCAAUACCCAGGGUUUUGGGGGGGAGGAAUGCAUGCAAGCCCAAGAUGCACUCCCUCUGCAGAACUUGGGGAAUUAAAAAAAAUGCAUGAGCUGUUAUCCUUACAGAGGAAGUUGCUGAAUUUCCUAAGCUGCUGAUGGGACGUUUCUGAGGAAUGUCUUAAGAUGUAUUAUGCAAAGAUCCAACUGAGCCAAAUACAAACAAACAAUAAUAAGGGAAUGAAUGAAACAACAACAACAACAACCCAGAAUUCUCCUAGCCUUAAGCUACUUAAUAAUUAUGUUUACCUCACUGGUGCAAUUCAGAUGGACCUUUUUGUUCAUGGGAGAACCUACCUUGACAUGCACAGUAUGCAACCUUUUGUUGUUCGAUGUAAAGCAGUCACAGCAGUUCGUGCUCAAUAAAGGUCAUAUUGGAAAUGUG